UGAGCUGUGGGGCUGGGACAUUCCUGGUUUGACGACCAGCUCCGGCGCUGCCAUAAUUUGCUGAGCAACUCGACACUGGCUUCAAAGAUGCGUGUGUGGAAGAGGCAGCGCUAGAGACGGAGACCGAGAGCUGUGGGAGAAGUUACAAUAACGGGCUACAGACAGACACAGAGUUUGUGAGCAAACAAAACGGGACGUAACUCUUUAACACGCGGACUCAAAACUUCACAGGAGGAAACUCUGCUACCUCAGCUCGAGUUUAGACCAGGGGGGAGUUGUCGCACCUUGGCCCCGAAGUCUGCGCUGCUCCGCCGGGUUGAAGACUUUCUUUGACUCGCUCUACCUCCGGCUGUUUUCAUGUUCCUCCUGUCGUCUCGCACUUUGAGCCCGUGUCUAAUGGAGGGCCCCGUACGGAUUUGCCUCCAGAAGAAUGCGUUUUGCUGCUAAUUCACCCGACGGCUCGCAGCUUUUGCUCUCCUGCAAGAGAGGUUUGCUCAACAGACGAGUGUGUGCGCGCUGGGCAACACGGCUGCAGGCGGGGGUCAAAGUGCACCAUGGACAGUGGCCUAAGGGUCCUCCUGUCCACUGUGCUGUGUCUCAGCCAGUCCCUGCUCAUCAGCUGCUCAUCUCAAUACCCCUCUUUCCGCUCUGAGCCUGCGUCCUUGGUCCAGAGUCAAGGCUCUGUGGCUCGUCUGCUCUGCUCAGUGAGUCCUCCAUCAGCUGUGGUCUCAUGGCGAUUCGGAGGCCGUCCCCUGGACCGGGACACCCUUCCUGGAGUGGAGUUCCACGACGGCUCCCUCACCAUCUCCUCACUUCAGUCCGCCCAUGUUGGCGUCUAUCAGUGUAUGGCACGCUUAGCCCACGGGCCAGCCAUCGUUAGCUGCCGCGCGCGUGUGGCCAUAGCAGAAAUAUCAGAAUAUGAAGAUGGCCGACGGCGGUCGUUAUCAGUGCAGGAAGGCAGCUCUGUUCUUAUAGAGUGUCCUCUACCGCACAGCGUCCCCCCCGCCCUGCCCAGACUGAGAGUACGAGGGGAGCGGAUAGAAGUCUCCACAGGUGACUACUUAGUUCUUCCGUCUGGAAACCUCCAGAUUCUCUCAGUGUCAGACCGGCACCAGGGCAUGUAUAGAUGUGGUGCAUUCAACCCUGUUACCGGGGAAACCGUCAUGCAGCCUCAUGGUACUAAGCUGUCAGUGAAACAUUCAGUCUCCCCCCCUCCUGUGAGGAUAGUUUACCCCACCGCCCCACAGACUGUUUUGGUGCAGCAGUCUCAGCCGCUGACGUUGGAGUGUGUCGUGUCUGGAAGUCCUGCACCAGCAGCCAAAUGGUUAAAGAACGGUAAGGAGGUCACACCGGGGCCUUCUCAGCAACAGCACAACAACCUGGUCUUUGUUGCCGUGGCGAGGAGCGAUGAAGGGAGCUACACCUGUGCUGCUGAAACCAAGCAGGGGACAGUGAUCAUCGCUAACUAUACUGUGAAUGUUCUUGAGCCUGCGUCUAUCACUGAGGGCCCGACCAAUCAGAUCGUCUCUCCUGGCUCCUCAGCUCGUUUCACCUGCGUAGCGACAGGAAACCCUUCCCCUAACAUCACCUGGCUGUUCAACGCUGACCCCAUCACCCCAUCAGGCCGCUUCCAGAUCUCUGGAUCCUCGCUGGUGAUUACAGACGUGACGCUGCAGGAUGGGGGCGUGUUCCAGUGUCUCCUGGACAACGGGAUUGGCUCGGCACAGUCAUGUGGAAUCCUCACUACGCAAACAGCUACGCCCGCUCCACAACACCACUACAUCGUCGGUCACAGCCCACUCGACAACUUACGACCGAGCAACCUCCUCACCCUAUCUACCAACCGCCCCUCAGAAGACCGAUUUAGUUUACGCAGUCGACGGCGAGCGAGUAAUGGUUCGGUGCGCG